GAUUGUUAGUCAGCUGUUGGUGUUGUUUGCAUCAAUUAUUGCUUGUUUCUUAUAUUUCGUGGUUUUUUGAUAAAAAUGCAUACGUUGCGUUUACUAAGGGCUGCACAUAAUGAAAGUGUGUGGUUGAGGCGUCAAAAAAGAUACAAUUACCGGCAAACAAUGGAAAGUGUGGAAGAUAUGCCUGAGUUACUGUUUGUUGAACAUUUUCGUUUAAAUAAGAGCACCUUUCGGCGGCUUUGCAACGAUUUGCGUGUUCAUACGUCGCUAAGAGGAUCUAAAGAAAUCCCUUUGAAAAUUAAGGUGCUCACUGCUCUUAAUUUUUUAGCUACUGGUUCCUAUCAAAGGAUCGUGGGUGUUAGUCAAAAUUUAACACAAAGAACAACGAGCCGGUGUGUCCGGCAAGUCGUUGAUGCGCUCAACCACCCCACACUCAUGAGCAAGUGGAUUCAAUUUCCACAAACAGUACAAGAAAGAUCAUUAAUCAAAGAAGAAUUUCAAAGGAAGUAUAAUUUGCCAGGAGUGAUAGGAUGCAUCGACUGCACCCACAUUGCUAUAGUAAAACCAUCUGAAGAAGAGCAUGCUUUCUAUAACAGAAAAGGAUAUCAUUCCUUAAACGUUCAAAUGGUUUGUAUUUAAAUCUAGAAAUAUUAUUUCUGCUUUCAUAACUACCAAUUUUAUUUGAUACUACAUAAAAUUACAUUUUCAGGUAUGUGAUCAUAAUUUAAAAAUAAUGAACAUAAAUGCUAAGUUUGGUGGAGCAACACAUGAUUCCCACAUAUGGUCAUCGAGUCUCGUAGAACCCUAUAUGCGUCACCUUCAUGAAAGUGGUGAACAUGUUUGGUUACUUGGGGAUUCUGGUUAUCCACAACGCCCUUGGCUUAUGACUCCAAUAUUAAAUGCUCCACAUGGGUCUCGAGAGGAAUUGUACACCACUCGUCAUGUACAAGCCAGGACAUGUAUUGAGCGCUGCUUCGGAUUACUUAAAACACGUUGGAGGUGUUUGCUUCGUGACAGGGUCCUUCAUUAUCAUCCCAACGUUGCCAGCAAAAUAACACUUGCAUGUUGUGUGCUACACAACAUCUCGCUUCAUGCACACUUGCCUGCUCCAAGUGAUAUCCCUGUUACUACUGUAGAUGAUAAUGAUGACUCCAGUACACAAACCACCCAAAGCACCACCACGGAGAAUCGAAAUGAAUUAAUCCGAGGCAGGGCAAUGCUCAAUUAUUUAAUAAGUAGAUUGUAGAUGUAGUUAAGUAUCUAUAUUUAUUAAUUAUUUAGCAUUUUAGCAUAUAUAUAAUUGUUCAACUGUGCCAAUAUUUGUACAGAGUUGUUAAAUAUUAAGUAUUGUUAGUUGUAUAGACAAAUAGUAAUGUAUAAAAUUUGACUAAAUGUUUCAUUUGUUGCUUGGUUGGAAAAGUAGAGUAAUGUGGUGUGACUAUUCAUUUUACAAGUUUUUUACUACCUUGCAAUGUUUGUAUGUUAGAUCUCACAACUUUUUGUUAUGUUUUUGGUGAGAUUGUUUAUAAAACAUUGAUUAAUAAAAUAGUCUACAUAAUUAUAGAGAUGAC